AAAACACCGCAUUCCUUUGGCACAGGAUGAAGACCAGCUCAGCUCUUCAGCCCUCGAUCUUUGUCUAUUGUUUUCCAAACAGUAAACUACUAUUUCCACCCCGACAGAUUGUGGGCUGCAGUUCUGUCCGAGUCCUGGGCUCCUCAUGAAUAUGAACUGAAGGGCUCUGACCCAGAAAGUGGUUCUGAGUGGGGUAAAAUGGGGUCUCGGAAAUGUGGAUGCUGCCUGAGUAGUCUGCUGAUUCCGCUGGCACUUUGGAGCAUAAUUGUGAACAUAUUACUGUAUUUCCCAAAUGGACAAAUGUCCUAUGCAUCCAGCAAUAAACUCACCAACUACGUGUGGUAUUUUGAAGGGCUCUGUUUCUCAGGUAUCAUGAUGCUUAUAGUAGCAGCAGUUCUUCUUGUACUGGAGAAUGAUAACAACUAUAAAUGUUGCCAGAGUGAAAACUGCAGCAAAAAGUACAUGGUACUGCUGUCGAUGAUCUUUUCGGCCCUUGGAAUUGCUUUCUCUGGUUACUGCCUGGUCAUAUCUGCUUUGGGCCUUCUUCAGGGCCCAUACUGCCGUACCCUUGAUGGUUGGGAGUACGCCUUUGAAGGCACAGCAGGACGUUUCCUUACAGAUUCCAGCACAUGGAGUCAGUGCCUAGAACCUGCACAUGUAGUAGAGUGGAACAUCAUUUUAUUUUCCAUUCUCAUAGCUCUCAGUGGGCUUCAGGUGAUUGUCUGCCUCAUCAGAGUAGUCAUUCAAUUAUUCAAGAUACUGUGUGGGACCUAUUCAGUCAUCAUCCAGCCUGGAAUCAUUUGAAUAAGGACAAGACUGUUUUUCUUUAUCAAGAUAUGGCCAUCUACCUACAUCUACUUGAGGGCAAUAAACUUGAGGGCAAUAUUCAAAUGACAGUAUUUUCUCCAGUUGGUGUUUAUUGUCCUCACUGGAAGUGCCAAUUAUGCUGUCCUUCCAUUUAGAAUUUUUCCUAAGAUAUAUAUUUCAAGGUCUUAAGAAAUGUUCAUUCCCUUUGAUCAAAUAAAUUCAAUUUCAGUAAUCUAUGCUAUGAAAAUAAAUAAGAAUGCAAGGUCAAACUUAUGCAAACAUAUACUUGAACAUUAUUUAAUAUUCCAGAAAAUUAGAAAUACCCCCGAAGCCUAACUGUUUAUGGGAAGGAUUCAAUAAAGCGUGGUACAUUAGUUGUAA